AUGAAUUCGCACCUGAGUGAUUCUAGCGAAACAUCAUCUAUUUCAGCAACUUCUCUCAAUACACAGAAUAAUUUGCCAAUAGCCGCACAAUUCUCAUCUAAUAAUAACAUGAAUGAAAUUUCGAGUACAGACUACCAGGUUGAACAUCAAGACGUUGAUGCGAAUUGGUAUCGACGGUUUUUCUAUGGAAGAGACCAUCCCACGUUUAUAGGAACUAUUGAACCAUAUGGUCCUGUUAUAGUUUCAAUUAUUCAUGAUACGUAUCACAAUGUCGGUGAUAUAUACUGGUAUAGAUACAUUGUUCGCAAAAAAGAGGUUUCAGACCAUCGUGGUGUUUUAGCAGGCCAAGCUUACUUUGGUGAACCAAUAUGGGAAGAACUAUUGAAAAUGAUCGACAGAAAUUUUGUACCACACCGUUUGACAAAAUUUAUAACCACACCAGAAUUAAGCAAAGAACUAUUAAAUUUAGAUGAAUCAAGGCUUCAACAACAAUACAAGAUUGGUGUUCUUUAUCAAGCACCAUUUCAAGUAUCCGAAGAAGAAUGGUUUGCAAACACAACAGCGUCACCGGAGUAUGAAAGGUUCCUUAAAUUGUUAGGCACUAAAAUUGAACUGUUGGGAUGGCAGCGGUUCGGAGGCGGUUUAGAUACAAAAACGGGAGGUUCCGGCAAAUAUUCAAUUUAUGACCAUGGAACAUGGAAAGAUUUUGAGAUAAUGUAUCACGUGAGCACCUUGUUACCUUUCGAAGAUAAAAAUAAAUAUCAAAUUACAAGGAAAAGGCACUUGGGAAAUGAUGUCGUAUGCAUAGUAUUUCAAGACGUACCGAAACCAUUUUCUCCAUUCGCAAUACGUUCACAAUUCUUACAAGUGUAUGUAAUAGUCCGCCCUGUACAUUUGCACAAUGGUUAUGAAGCUUAUAGUGUUGAAAUAAUGUGCAAAGAAGGUGUUCCGUCUUUCGGUCCCGCAUUACCCAGUCCACCAAUCUUUUAUGAUCUAAUAUCAUUAAAGAAAUUUUUAGUUGCCACAGUUAUAAAUGGCCAAAACGCUGCAUGGAAAACCUUAAAACUAUCUGAACCAUUCCUCCGAGCCCGAAAUGGUAUGGUGUGUGACAUUGCCAAAAGGUAUACACCUUUAGUACUUACUCCAUUGACUCCUCCACAAUCACCAAAGAAAAUUCCACGAGAUGACAUAGACAGUACCUUGAAACGACUUUUUAUUAAAGAAUUGAAAUUAAAUGGUUCAUUACCCGAUAUACUGCAAGUAAAAUCUUUACUUGAUAAAGGCGCAAAUCCAAAUAUUAGGAUACCUCGACCUAAACCAUCUCGGGAACAAUUAAGACAACAAUCGGUAUCGUCUUCAUUAACUCACAACAGUUUUAAUUCAGAAUCAAGUGAAAAUGAGUCAAUGUACAAACUUCCAAAUAUAUUAUUUGCUGCCAUAGCAUUGGCAGAUGAUCCUGUAUAUGUUAAACUAUUAAUUAAUUAUGGUGCUGAAACAAUGCCACGAGACACUCGUUUCCCAAAUGCAUUUGUAUUUGCCGCAAGGUAUCAAAGAGUAGAAACAAUGAGAUGUUUACUGGAAAAUGUGCCUUCAUUGGGUGAUCCAGAAUCUGUUGAUGCCGCUAUAGGUGAACGUGGUAACAGCAAAAAUUCUGUCGGGACCAAAUUAUGGGAAGAAGUUAAAAAGUUAAAGAAUUCAUUUAGAAAUUAA